GUCAGUGUCGCGCUCUGGGAAGUGAAGCACACGUCAGUGUCGCGCUCUGGGAAGUGAAGCGCAAACCGUGCGUAAAGCGCGUCUUCUUGUAUCAUUGGCAACGUCAUUGAAUGAGGAAGGGACACGGGACGGACUCUGUGAUUAACAAUUCCCAAGGAAAAGACAAUGCCGCCCCCUGCUGGACCUCAACCUGUUCCCCCACCGGAUGGAGGCUGGGGCUGGGCUGUGGUUUGUGGAGCCUUCAUCUCCAUCGGCUUCUCCUACGCUUUCCCCAAAGCCACUACUGUUUUCUUCAAGGACAUUCAGAAAAUCUUUGACGCAUCAUAUAGCCAAGUUGCCUGGAUCUCCUCCAUCAUGCUGGCUGUCAUGUAUGCUGGAGGCCCUAUAAGCAGUAUCCUUGUAAACACGUAUGGCAGCCGGCCAGUUAUGAUAGCAGGUGGAUUCCUGUGUUCCAUCAGCAUGAUUGCUGCAUCAUUCUGCAACAGUGUCAUGCAGCUGUACAUCUGCAUCGGAAUGAUUGGGGGUUUUGGUCUUGCCUUCAACCUCCAGCCAGCUUUGACCAUGAUUGGGAAGUACUUUUUCAAAAAGCGUCCCAUCGCUAAUGGCCUGGCCAUGGCAGGUAGCCCUGUCUUUUUAAGCACCCUAGCUCCCUUAAACCAGUACCUCAUUAAUGCUUUUGGAUGGCGAGGAAGCUUCUUUAUUCUUGGGGGGCUUUUGCUCAAUUGCUGCGUCGCCGGAUCCCUCAUGAGGCCACUGCCCCAGCCUUUGACAAAGAAUGACACCAGAAAUGAAGAAGAGGUUCCAGCUGCUAAGACGUCGAAACCUACAGCAUGGCAGACUGUCAACAAAUACCUUGACUUGUCACUGUUUAAGCACAGGGGCUUCCUGAUCUAUCUGUCAGGAAAUGUUAUUAUGUUUUUGGGCUUCUUCGCCCCUAUCGUCUUCCUUUCUCCAUAUGCCAGAGACAAUGGUGUAGAUGAGUACUCAGCAGCCUUCCUGCUAUCCAUCUUGGCUUUUGUGGACAUGUUUGCUCGUCCCUCAAUGGGACUGUUGGCCAACACACGUUGGGUGCGACCAAAGAUCCAGUACUUCUUUAGCUUUGCUGUCCUCUAUAAUGGCGUGUGCCAUAUACUGUGUCCACUUGCUCAGACUUACACUGGCAUGGUGGUAUAUGCAGUGUUCUUUGGGUUUGCAUUCGGCAUGGUGAGUGCUGUGCUCUUUGAGACACUUAUGGACCUGGUAGGACCUCAAAGGUUCUCAAGCGCUGUUGGCCUUACCACUAUCGUUGAGUGCUGCCCUGUGCUUAUUGGACCACCUCUGGCAGGGAAACUAGUGGAUAUCACAAAGAACUACAAGUACAUGUACAUAUGUUGUGGCUCUGUAGUCAUCUUGGCCAGCAUCUGGCUCUUCGUCGGCAACUUCAUCAAUUACCGUCUGCUGGAGAAAGAAAGGAAACAGGAGCUCUAUAAGCGAGCAGAACUCGAAGAACCUGACAAGGGACCAGAUUGCAAAGAAGAUGGACAGGUAUCUGAAGAACUCUGUGGGAAACAUGUUGUGGAAGAUGCUGUGCAGAGAGAAACAAACAUUUAAACUUCUUCCAAAUAAGAUCUAGGCUACACCCCAGGCAUAUGUCCACAGCAGACGCAGAGAUUGUCAUGCAACACAAAACUGCCAAAGCAAAGCACGACUGAAUGCUGUGACGGGACCGGUAGAGUAGUGUUAAAGCAUUUAGUAAAGCCUCUGUAAAGCCGCUUUGAGACAAUGUCCAUUGGUAAAAGCGCUAUACAAAUAAAUUGAAUCGAGAUGGAAGUCAGGAAAUAUAAAUGGAGCCAUAAAUGUGAGUUUAACACAAAGAGAGAGUUAGGCUGCAUGAAGAUACCACAGGUACACGUAACCACAAUAUUAACACUCAGUUUGAAGCCAUUUUAUUAAUGUUUCAGCUCAGGAACUGAUCAGAAUCUUUCCACUAAUGCAGAAGUUUCAGAAAACCCAAAUAGCUCUUCCAGAUUGAGACUUCUGCGCACUUUUAAGUGUUUAGUUAUCUGCUCAUUGCGACACACCUGUGAGCUGCAUGCCCAUAUCUGCUGCACUAAAAUCCAUAGUCUGUGUAAUCAGUAUAACAUGACUGAAUGUAAAUCGUUAUGCAUGUGUUAUUAACAAGGGCCUUAUAACACUCCUGACCAAAAUGUUGGUGAUAUAGAACCGAUCCAUGUAAUAUAACCUUUAGUUUUUUGCCGGUGUAUAUACAGGGAAAUUUCUCUGGUAUUAUUUUUUUUAAGUACACAUGCAAAAGUAUUUACAUACUGUAUUAGGUAUCGCCUUAAAUGUAAGUAAUGCAUCUAAGAUCCUAAAGCCAUAUAGAGAGCUUCCAGUAUCAUGUGUAUAAAAAUCACUAUUUAUCGAUGUUGCAUUACUAAUCAACUUGAUUAUAAACAAAUGUAUCGUGUUUCUUUGUAUUUUAGGAUCUCUGACAUUAAUGAACGCAUUGUCUAACUUUUGAAGUGAUUAUUAUUGAAUUAAUAAGAGCAAUGCAAGAUUUUAGAUUUACUGUACUUGAAUGAUAUUCAGGAUCAAUGCAAGGGAUCGGUUUAAAAGCUGGAAAUAAGUACUAGCAGAUUUUUUAGUACUUCGUCUUUUCAAUCCCGUACCAAUGUAACGUGUUUUCUGUGCGGUAAUGUCACACCAGUACAUUGUUAAAGUUAUCGCUUACAAAAAAUGUGUAUGUUUAAUGUUGGCUGUACUAAAGAGGGUCAGUAUAAAGAAUGUUACCUGUUACAAAAAAGGAACAAUCAAAAAAGGGGGAAGAAUUUUACAUUUUCAAAUGAAAGAAAGAGAAAUUUAACACAAAAAUGAUUGAAACAAUUUAUGGGAUUGUGCUGGUCAAUUCUUGGUGUUUUGUGUUUUUUUCUUCAUACUUUUCCUGUCAUACAUCUAAGUUAACACAGGCACAUUAUUCAGUCCCUUAGACACAUUGUCUUUUGUCUUUGGUUGCUAAGUUAGGAGGAGGUAAACAUCCACAUGCACAUUUAUAAACUAGAACAAAGGGUUACUUUGGGUUAAUGUCGGUUUGGUCACUGUUGAGUUAUUGUCAUAUCUAGGGGUGUGAAAAUGUGCUUGUAUGACAGUAUAGCACACUGAACUUAAUGCUAUAUAAGUUACAUUUUCCCUCUUUUUUCUUUUUGCUAAAUGUAUGUUUUUAUUUAAUAUACAAAACUUUGAAAAUGUUCUAUGCUAAUGAACAAACAUGCAGCGUGAAACAUAGUCAAAUUACACUAAAGUCAUUUAAAGUAAGUCUCAUCCUUUUAAUUCUGUUUGUCAGAAUCUUACCAAGACAUUUCAUAUUUGCAUUGAACUCCAUUCUAUACAAUUUUUAACCAGAAUUAAACAAUAAUUCUGGGUUCUACAUUAAAUUUUUCCAUCUAGUCCCACCUCAGUGUAUGUCUUGCAAGUCAGGGUGAUUCAGAUUUGUGUUAAUAAACCAGACUACAAGUUAAAGCCCUGCUUUCUUUUGGCCUGCUUACCAAUAACAUCCCAUAUCAUCAUAACAUAGACUCCAUGAUUUCUUGCUACAAACCUAAGUAUAGAUUCUCUAUUAUAGUGUCGGUAACAUCGAAGUAUUCCUUUGGAGUACUGUAAGUAACUUCUUGCUGAUAAAUGUAAUAAUCUUCGGUAUGCUUUCUAGUUUUCUUGCAGCUACAGUAUAGUUUAACAUGUGACACUUCAUAGUGCAAACCGUUCUCAUUUAAUUAUAAUUAUUUAUUUGUUGAUUUUGAAAACUAAGCAGAGACUAAAUCACAGGUAUUCUUUCUUAUUAUUAUUUAGUAAUAUUCUAUAUUUUUUGUAAGCAUAAAUAUUUAUUUUGGGUAGCUUAAUACUUAUUAAUACAAAUUGUCCGUUUCAUGAUACGAGACUGAUUUUUUUUUAUUAUUAUUUCAUCCAAUCAUCAGCUUGAUUUCCAACUAAUCAAACAGCACUGGCCUUAUCGAAUCAAAUAAAAAUAAAAAACAAAACAGGUUUCAGCUUAGAAAUGAGUUUCAUUUGUGAUUUUUUUAUUUUUACAAAUUGUUUGUUUGUAUUUUUAUUUGUAAAGUGUAUAUACAAUGAAAUACAGUGUCUAUAGAAAGCUAGACUCACAUAUGUAGCACGUGUUAACAAUCUUUUACAAUCUAUUGUGAUUAUUUCUGUAUAGUCGUGUCAUCUGUUCCAAUGUCUAAUCACUGCUGUGCAAAUACAAGCAGUGUCAAGGCUAUGCAGACUUUUUAUUCUUUUGAUUUUGGCAUAAUUGUUGAAGCGAAAAAUGUUUUUGAAUGUAUUUAUAUUUUCCUGCGUAGUGCUACUGUCAUUAGAAUUAUAUUACAAUCGCUGUUCAACUGAAUCCAGAUUAUUUUUUACAGAAAAUUAGACAACAAUUUGUAAUGACAAGCAGACUUCGAAAUUUAGACUGCGUUUUUACUUGUUUUUUUUAAAAAGGAUGCAAUAAUUUCACAAUGUACUUGCCUAAUAGAGACAGCAUACAAAUAAAAUUACUAAUACAA